AUGCAGAACGGAAUACCAACGCCGCCGUAUGACGAGCAGAGUCAGAAGCUGCUCCAGACUCAGCAGCAGAAGCAGCAGCAGCAACAGCCACGUCCUGUCUCACGCAAGAGCUCAAAUUCCGCAUCACCACCGUCGACCGUCCCGUCAUCACGGACAGCCAAGAGCGGCAACGGCAGCGGCAGCAAUGCCACGGCCAGCCACGCCCACGGCACGACAACGCACCAGCAUCACCACAACAGCCACCGUGCUUCCAAGCGGUCGGGUACGACGCCGACGUCGUCAUCCCAUUCGCACUCACACCACUCUGCCUCCUCCUCUUCUCACCAGUCCAGUAGCAAUGUCUCUGCAGCAGCUGCUGCUGCCGCGGCCGCCCACUCCCAUGGCUCGCCGCAUCACGACGGCGAUGGCCGCCACAAGCGUGUAUGGAAGGCUUGUGAGCGGUGUCGCAUGAAGAAGACCAAGUGCGAUGGUGAAUUCCCGUGUAAGCGUUGCAAAGACGACGGCCUUGUGUGCACAGCAGGCACGCGCAAGAAAACCGAAUAUAAGCAAUUGCCGAAAGGAUACGCAGAGGUCUUGGAGAACACGCAAUUCGCACUAGUCGCAACGGUGCACAAGCUGUAUGCCAUGGUUCGUGCGGCGAACGCAUGGGAGCUUGGCGAGCCGGAGCUCAACGAACGCGGCCAGCCCGUCAUCCACAGCAUCGCCUCGAAGCUGGGCUGCAUCCGCCCGAACAACGACCCCGACCUGCCCAUGGGUUCGUCCGUCUUCCCCGAAAACGAGCAGGACCUUGCCGAACUCGCCUCGCAGCUCGACGACCACCAGAAGAAGCGCGAGGCUGAGCAGGCCGCGACAGCUGCCGCUGCUCAGGCCGAGAGCCAACAGAGCGAGACGACAACGGCCGCGACGGCCAUCCCGAUUCCCACCAUGUCGACGUCGAUGCCGACGACCACGGGCAUUCUUGCGAGCAACAACACCGCUGCAGCCAGCACGAGCGCCCUCGACUUUAGCCUCGGCGCCCGCUUUGACCGUGCAAGCUCUUCCGAAGACUUUGACGCCUUCUCCGACAUGGACGACUACCGCAAGAACGUCUUUGGCAGCGGAAACGGAAACGGAAACGGCAACGGCAGCAGCGUGAACAGCGCCAGCACGACCAUGUCGCCCCGGAGCCUCAACUUCAACGACUUUGACGUUGGCUCGAACCAGUCGGACGGUUUUGCCGCCCCCUCGCCCACCAUGCCGACGACGACCCAGUACACCAACUGGAUGACGCAAACAGCGCCCAUUGAUACGCCAAACCAGGUUGCGGCAGCUCAGCAGUCCCAGCAACUGCUGCAGCUGCAACAAUUGCAACAGCAGCAGCAACAACAGCGGCAACUGCAGAAGCAGCAGCAGCUCCUCCAACAGCAGCAGCAGCUCCAGCAGCAGCAGCAGCAACAACAACAGCAGCAGCAGCAACAGCAGCAACAGCAGAACUAUAAGCAAACGCCUCUCGCGCUCUCCAUCCCGACGACAAUGGCGACGUCUUCGAUGCCCAUGAUUAGCGGAACGACGACUUUUUACACAUCGGAGAUGCUGCGGCAGGGCCUGCUCGAGUCCAAUUUUGGCGCUAUGAAGCCGCAUGUUAUUGACACGCCGGAGCUGAUGCUCGGUAUGGGCGACCCCAUGAUUUUCGCGGGCGACUACGACGACAACAUGAUGUAG